GCUUAUAUCAUUGAUGCAGUCACCUUUGACUGCUUCCCAAGAGCGACCGACCACAGGAACCAGGCUGAGCGGCUAAAGUCCUUGUCGAAUGCCUAGCAUUGCAAACCGGAUGCGUUCGAAGCCUAGACUGACCUUAAUACGUUCAAUUUAUGACCGUUACAUCGUUCUUGCGACAAAACGCCCUAAAAGGUUCGAAGCCCAAUCCUUUUUGCGACCCAAUUUAGACAGGCAAUCUACGAUAACGAUAUGGGAUUCAAGAAGAGAAAGGAUCGCCCUCCGUCUUCUCCAUUCUCAAGAUGAUCCUCUAUUCCUGUUGGUCAUUUCAACUCAUUAUUCAUCAGCCUUUUGGCUUGCAACGUCAGCACUAAUAGGGGUUACAUUGGCGGGAAGCCGAUCGGAACCGAAUUCGGUGAACGAACGAUAGCCAUUGAAACACGGCGCAGGCGACGAUCUUCCAGUCGCGGAAUCGGAUGUCAAGCCACCCGCCGCUACGAUGCAAGCUAACGGCGUCGCGUCCGAGCAUUGCCUCCAAUCAUUUCUACCACAAGACAAUCCCAUCGGUGUUUGUGUCUUCCCCGGCCGUCCUUCUCCAUUUCCGUUUCUCGUUAGUCCAUU